AUUAUAAUACUGAGAAAUCAUUGCUGCGAGCAUUCAUUCACUCUUAAUAAGUUCGCUCAUAAAGGAGGAUAAUAUCCUGACAGGAACUUGUUACAAUAAAUAACAUUCAUUCCAGUCUUUAACGGAAUUCGUGUUGUUAUUUUCAUUGUCAGUUAUUGUACAAUUGAUUUUAUUUAAAUUCAAUCAAAAAGGAGUAAUUAUUUCGACACUUUUCACUCUAAUAUGGAGAAUAGAAGCAAAUUUUGUUGCAAAAUCAUCCUUACAUUAACAAUCAUGGUGGUGUUUACAAAAAGAAGCGAAUGCUAUCCAAUGUAUCAACCAGACCGAGAUAUAGAAUGGUGGAGAGGAAAUGUCGUAGAUCCUAUGUGGUUAUCAGCAAAUACUCUGCCAGAUGGAGAAAAUCUACAGAAUGAAUACGAUUUUCUUGAAAUUCAACCUCAAAGACAAAUGAAUUUUAUUGGCAAGCCAGAAAAAGAAGUAUUUUUCAUUGAAGAAACAGAGACAAGAUCACCUCCAGUAAUAAGACAAAUUGACAGUAAUCGAUUAGUUAAAAAGGAUUCAUUUGUUUCACGUAAUUGGGGGGCUGGAGGCCUUCCUUUUUCAGUUCUCUACAUGAAUCCACAUGGAUCAAGAAGUAAUCAACCAACAGAUCCAACGAAACAAGCAGAUACCAAGAGACCAAUGGCAGGAGUCGAGCCAUCUGUACCUCCAAAAAACACCAACACUAGACUUACUACUCGAAAUGGAAUAAAUGUACAGCAAAGACGACAAUACUCCAUUAUUCCUCAACUUUUUAUAUCAUAUGGCUGGAGUUCUUUGGGAAAGAAUAUCGAAAGAAAAAAGCUGGCCAACACUGAAUGAAAUCACUUGAAUGAAAAUAUAAUUAAAACCUUGAACAAUUUUACAUAACUCGAAGUGAAUUGAUGAGUUUUCCACAACUGGAUUGCAAUUUCUGUAUUUAAACAUUUACAAGAAAUUGGGAAAUUUAUAAAAAUAGAUGUGACAGUAUUGCGCACAAUACACUGGAAAAUCGAGUAAAUAUUAUCAUAGUUAAUCAAUUGAGAGAUUUUUAAGGAAAUGCACUCAUUCAUUUGAAUUAUAGAUUGUAAAAAAAACAUGAUAAAUUAGUGUAAUUGAUGUAAUUCUUUUUGAAUUAUUAUACACAAUUCAUUUGUUUAAUUGUAUAUUUACUUAUUUUAGUUAAUUUAUUUAAACACAGUAGCACAUUCAAGUACUUCAUUAUUAUCUCAACUAUCAUCAAUGGUAUUUUUAAA